AUGUACAUUGCAUUUAGACUAGAUGAAAGAGUUAAUCUCUAUGUUGUUGAAUAAGAAUUUGUUAAUCCUUUUUGCAAUUUAGAGAAAACAACCACUAUUGAUUAAAUAGAAAGUACAUUAGAGAGCUUAAAAUAAUAUAAUAUAAGUGCUAUUAUAAAUUGCAUUGAUAAUGAUCAAUCCAUGAAAGCAUAUGGAAUACACUAUUUAAACAUACAUAUAAAUUUAUAGGAUCAAUUAGAAUCUUCAAGAUUAUUCUUACAUGUAAAUAUGUUUUCUAAAAAGAGUUUUGGACUAAAAUAAAAAAAUGUUCAGUUGCUAUUUACUGUGAAAGCAGCAUGUAAAAGAGUAUAAAAGUUCUUAAACACUAUUUGAAGCAUCUUUAUUAUUGGGAUGAGGAACGUGUAUAAAAAGUAUUUAAAAAUUAAUAUUAGGAAAUACAAGAGUAAAAUUAAUUGAAUUAGAAUAAUUUUUAAGAUAAUUUAUCAAUAUCAAGUCAAAAAUCUUAAUCACAAAAAUCUUCUAUAAUCGAUUAAGCAAUACCAGAUUUAAACAGAAAGAAUUAAAUAGAUUGGACUAAAAUAUAUGGUUCUUAGAUAUAAAUAGACUAAUAAACCUAAUAAGCUAGAAAGAUUUAAUCCAGAUUCAUUCAAAGCUCGAUACUAAAACAAUAAUGA